GUGUGUAUGUGUCAGUGUGGAGCGCGUGCGACCCGGAUGAGAAACUUCCUACUGCCAUAGCAACAACAGAACUGUUGUUCUGCUAUAUGUUUCGUGUGUAAGACCUCCAUGAACUGACAGUGUGUAAGUGUGUGUGUAAGUGUGUGUUUAACGCUGAGAGAUGGGCGGCAGUAACAGCACGCGCCGCGUGUCCUUCGAGACGGAUGAGAACGAGAACGUGACGGUGGUGAAGGGCGUCAGGCUCUCAGAGAACGUCAUCAAUCGUAUGCGAGAGCCGUCAAAACCGCCGAUCAGAACUCCAGUUCCGAUUCCUGAACCAGUGUCUCCAUCAUCUCCGCCUCGUCCCUCAGGACCUGUUGUGGAUGAGUCAGAGCUGCGACGGAAGAUCAGUGAAGAAGUGCGGAAAGGUCUGGAAGAGGAGAGGAGCAAGAAACAUGAGCUCCAUCAGUGGUUGGAGAAGGAGCGUGCCCGAGUGACGGCUCAGGCCCACGCAGACGCUCAGAGCCACGUUCAGGACGAGGUGAGCAGAAUCCUGGCCUCAGAGAGAGCGGUGCUGAGAGAGAGGGUCACCGCCGAUGAGGAGCGUCUCCGAAUUAAACUCUUAGCGAAGCAGCUGGAGGAGCGAGAUCAGCAGCUGAGGAAGCAGGAUGCCUUCUACAGAGAGCAACUGAACAAACUGGAGGAACGGAGUACGCAGUUUUACAAGCUCACCAAUGAAAACUAUCACAAAGCUGCCGACGAGGUGAACGCUAAAUUUAGGCGCUACGAAAGCACUCCCGUGUGUGGCGACCUGCAGGGUGAGAUCCUGAAGUGCUACAGGGAGAACGCUGGGAAGACACUCCUCUGCUCUAAUAUCACCUCUCUCUACCUGCAGUGUGUCAACAGCGCUAAACAGAGCAAGUUGAGGACCGGAGCAGGAGAAGCAGGGGCGUCACCUUUAGUUGAAGUUUGUAAUGAAGAGAAGAGACCUUAGAUCACCGUACAGACACACACCUGGCUGAGGAACAGUAUGGAGAACUGCAGUGAUUGGAGAGACGGGAUCUGCUCUUUCUUCUCUCUUUCUCUCUUUAUACUUCUCUCGUUUGAUAGUGAAGAGUAGGACAGGUGUUACAGGUAUGAAAAGCAGCAGCAGCAGCAGCAGUAGUGUAGGAGAUGUGGAUUAUAACGUGCCAAACAUCUGAAAACCAAACAAGUGCCUCAGGGGAGAAAAGAAAAAACAUGUAAGAAGAAAUUAAUAAUCAUUAUUAUAAUACAUGUUUCCACACACACUGUAAACACCAAGUUGCACUAAAUUUUAGAUUGAUUUCCGCUUUUUUCAUGCUGUCAUGCAAAAGUUUUGGCACCUCACAAACACAACCUGUUCCUCACUUAUAAUCUUUUAAGUUUUAAGCACACUUCUGUUCUCUUCAGCCUGGACCCACACACUCCUUUUGCACUACUGUUCAUCACAUCUGUCUGUGCGUGUGUUAGUGUGUGUGAUUAUGUUUCUACUUAAUUAUUUAGCUUUUUAUCUAACUGAUCGGUCCAGGAGAAUAAAAGGCUCAACCUGCACACCUGAA